ACAAACCACCAACGGACGAAUACCUGAACAAUGUAACAGCUUUAGAAAGGUACUUUAUUUUAAAUCCGCUUUACACAGAACACGAAUUUAAUCGAUUGUCUAAUUGAUCAGGCUUCUGACUGUUUAUAAACACUAAUUGAUUCCUAUGUGGGUGGUGCUAUCUAUCAAGCUGUAGCCAUUGCUGGUCGAUUUGUUGAAGCGAGAUUAGAAAGGAAUUAUUUACAUUCUCCAAGGUUUGAAAUAAGAGAUGGACAUCUCUGAGACUUGCUGAAAGCCCGUCUAUUGAAAGAACUCGCGAAACAAACUGCACACGCUCGAAACUUUGCGGUCAAAGCGCAGAAGAUGGAGCCACUCAACAGAGAUGGCUUAGAGCUGUCCACGAACAAACAGAGAAACGACCCGUGUCUAUCGUCUAAAGCGGAACGUUUGAAGCCUCCACACUCCUAUAUUGCACUUAUCGCAACUGCGAUUUUAAACUCGCCGGGGAAGAAGUUGACGUUGACAGAAAUAAACGAAUACUUAGUCCACCAUUACGCUUUCUUUAGAGGUCCUUAUCAAGGUUGGAAGAACUCCGUGCGCCACAACCUGUCAUUUAACAAGUGCUUCGUUAAGAUCCUGCGUGAUCCAGCGCGGCCGUGGGGCAAGGACAAUUACUGGACGGUAAGCUCACUGCAUGAUUACCUGCUAGCGGAUGGGACAUUCAGAAGAAGGCGGAGAAGAAAACCAAAGAAAAAGGAAGACAGAGAAGAUUUCGGACAUGGCCUUACCACUGAGCAGAUCCUACCGAACAACACCGUAAGGGAGUUUAGUAUUCAAGACGUAGCGCGCAGAAACAUUUUAAUGCUCCCCUCUUACGAGCCUGUCCGUGUGAAUCGGGUACGAUCCACUAAUGUUCCUACAGUCAGCAAGUCUACAACGCCCAAGCCUUUCCAUGGAUCGUUCUCUAUCGAAAGCAUUCUAGCUGAUGGGAAGACGAGCGCAAAAGAGGCUUCACUUAAGUCAAGGAGAGGAAGUCAGAAAUUUCCUCAUAGAAGUGUGAUUAAUCCAAACAUUGGUUCCCUGGUAGCGCAGAGAAACAUUGGCCACUGCUAUCACCCAGCACCGGAGACCCCCCACCAUUUUCAGAGACAGGAACAUUUAUGCGCACCCAUGGUUCCUAACGCAGCCUUCCCGAGCAGCUGUGAAGUGUGGAACACUUGCCACUGUUUCCAUUCGUGUGCAACCGCUACCACGCAUUUUCACGCUUGUUACGGAUGGAAAAAGGAACAUAUCUAAGCGUGAAUACAGUUCACUAUAAUGAGCGGUUGAUCAAUUGAGUUACAGAUCUGAUUUUAUGAGGUCAACUGAAAGAAUUUGCCACCUUUGUUUAGAUGAAUUUUGGAAUAAUUUAUUAGACUGAUUUUUGCAAACAAAUUGCUUAAGGUAUUUUUUCAUGUAGCAGUGAAGUGUAUAGGACGACCAUGCAUGCGCAGGUAAAGAAAUUAGCUGUACCUAUGUAGUUUUCCAAUUCUCGACAUUAUUUUUGUAAUUGCUUGGUAGGAAGUGUGUCUUAAACUACCGACUUCUCCAGCAAAGAGAGGCAAUUUCACCAACUAUGAGAGACAAAUAGAAACGAUUUUUCAUGACAAAAGAACGGUAUAAUUAUAAACUGAGGUAUACCACACCAAAAUUUAAAUUUGCAGUUCACUGUUCAAUUUGAAAUUCUUCCUAAAGCAUAGUAUACUUGUACAUAUUAACCAUUAUGAAUAAAGUAUUUUUCAGUUUAUCUGAUUUGUUUUUAAGUACAAGCUUAUUUUUCGCAUUUGUAUCCAAGUUCUGCUAAGAAAACAGUUUCAUGCAAAAUGUGGGGCAACUUGACUGUGUCAGCAAACAGGCAAAGUGGGAAGUAUCCGCUCAAAUUAAACUCCCGUUCGAAGGCUACGCCCUCUAAAAGUUCUAACCGCACAGUCAAAGGUUCAGAAUGUACUGGUCAUUUUCAGUAACAUAAAAUUUUUAUUUAGGAUAUUUGACGAUGUCAUAGAAGGCUGAGGUGUACAUACCAGAACUCCCAAAUUACGUCAGGUUGUCUAAGAAAUGUUGACGAGGCGAGACUACCUUCUUAUCAAUUACAUACCUUACAUUUUAGAAAGAAAACACUUUCAUGUGUUGCACGUAACAAUUCUAACUGUUGAAUAAAGACUAUCUUGAUCUCUAGACAUAUGUGGAA